CAGAGGGAUAUAGCAAUCCACAUCAUCCACUCGCCAUCAACACCUCCCCCCAUUCGAACAUCAACACAUCAACGUCCUAGUUGCAUGUCGAUUGGUCGCUCCACUGCCUCGACGGCCUGACCAUCUAUGUCCACACAUCUUGCCGAUUGGCGGAGUCGCCCGCGAUGACCUGCCGCUGCGCGCUGACGUACAACCGAGAUCAAGGCAAAGAUUGGGCGCCCAAUGAGGGCCCGCCGCCGUCCUCGUCGCAUCGUCGUCAAAAGGAUGGGUGGGUGCGUUCCCGCUCCUUUGGGGCCGACUGUGCGCCACCGGCCGCCCAGCCUGCCCAGCCUGUCCUCGACCCACGCCCUCGCCGCACUCCACACCUCACUUCCCCACUCCGCACUCCACAGACACAGACACAGACACACACGCACAUGCGCCUUCCCCUCGCCCUUCUUCUCCCCUUGUUCUCCUCGUUGCUGUUCUUCUCCCCUCCACCGCCGCAAGCACAACGGCCUGCGACUCGCCAUGCUCAUCGUCGGACGAAUGCCCGCAGCGCCGCACAACGACAACUCGGUCGGUGGCUGAUGCUGAGGCCGAUGCAAGCGUUGAGGGAGAAGACAGAUAUGCCCAUGUGACGUCCGAGGGUAUUCUUAGUGGAUCUCAGUCCAUCACGCCUCCCGGGCCCGCCGACGAUGACGAACCGUGCUCUUUGUGCGUCGACGGGGCCUGCACCACCCCGCCUACUUGUUCUCAGCGUUGCGACCCGAGCCUCGCUCGCGCUUGCUCGUCGGCCUGCCCGGUCUGCGUCCCGCUUGUCUCGGGCAUUGCAGUCUGUCGGCCGGCGGUUGGCCACUGUGGCUCAGUCUGUCCUGAUCACGCUUACUGCAGCGCUCCAUGUGGCGCGUGCAUUGCCACUGCCGACGGCGCUCAGCCGAUCUGCCGUAAGCCGCAAGACUGUGGCGGCUUUUGUCUCAAUGACGAUAUGUGUGGUGGCGGGACGAUGGAACAUGUCCGCCAUGCCUCGUCUGAUGCAUGCACCAAGUGUGUCGACCAUGCCUGCACGGCACCGGCCGCCUGUGGCGCGCCCUGUGCCUCGUCGGCAGACUGCGAUCCGCACGCCUGUCCAGUGUGCGACCUCCGCUCCAAGCUCUGCCUCCCGCGCAAGCCAUGCAAUGCACCGUGUCUCUCAUCUUCCGAGUGCAGCGAGGACUGCCCCCGCUGCGCCCGUGGCCUCUGCACCCCGCGCCCGGCGUCGGCCCACGGCGACGCUGAUAUCAGGCUUGAUGAGCACGAUGACGAGCACGACUGGGACCACCUCUAGCCACUUUACCACUCGCUGUGUUCCGCGCUACGCCGCCAGGUCUGCGUGAAACGCCACAAAGUGGGCCGAGAGUGCAUCAAACGAGUUCUCGCGCGUCCCGCACAUCGGACACGAAUAUACCGCCGUCGUGGGCGUCGCCGGCGCCGGCACUGGCGCCGGCUCGGGCACCGGUUCCGUAGCCGGCUCUGUAAACGCCGGUCCGGCCCCACCGCC